CUUGCUUUCAGAUCUUCACAGAUAGCAUUCAUAAAUCUAGCAAUUACUUCAGCAAACACAAUAACGAAGUGCAUCUAAAUGGCUUCUACUAUGGCCUUAGCAAACUAAUGAUGAAAAGGAGGAGACUGUGGGAUUAUUGGUUUCAUCUUCCCUGGAUGAUGAACGGAGAGAUAUUCACUGCCACUUUGGUGCCAUCUGGGAAUGUGACACCAGAUUCUAGCAUGACCCUGGAACAGAAAACAACCUUUGCCUUUGUGAUUUUGUUAUUUAUUUUCUUGGGAAUCCUCAUCAUUCGUUGCUUCCGCAUUCUGCUUGACCCCUACCAAAGUAUGCCAACCUCAACCUGGGCUGAUGGACUUGAUGGGCCGGAGAAAGGCCAGUUUGAUUAUGCUCUUGCUUAG